CCGAUAUCGACCGAGCAGCGAUGAGCCAAGUUUGACAGCUACGUAUUGACGUUCGAGUCUUUUCUCGACCGCUCUGUCACAUCUCGUCGAAAAUGAAUAUCCGUUCGCGCGAUUCUUCACUAUCCCUCGCCUCUCGCUGUCGCGGCUGCGGACUGCGGUAAUUCUGCUGCUGUCCGUCAAUAAUUUCGAAGUAACGCCCUAACGAUGGCCCCGACAUAACCUCUCAUCGACGACUGCCGAACGGGCGCGGAGGAAAGCGAAUUAAAUUAACGAGGGACUCGCGUAUCAUAUAGGGACGAUUGUACGUCCAAGUUUUCCGCCUCUUCCUUUCUCAUCGACGCCCGAAUGGAUACGCAAACGAACGUCAACCUGCCAACGCGGCCGCAAAUGACGCUGCGAAACGUGAACUCGGGCAAUGCGUUCUACAUGCCUUUAACGUCGUUCGCAGAGAUGUGGUAUCAGAUAUUUCUCUGGGCCCUGUUCUCCUCGAUAUUCGUGCACACUAUCGCCGGCGCGAUCUGCUUCGCCACCCUGCGACAGCACAAAUACGGCAAAUUCUUUCCGCUGCUUAUCAUAAUAAUGGGCGUACUGUUGCCGCUGACGUCGGGCGUCGUCAGCUCGGCGGCGGUCGCCUUCGUGUACAGAGCGUCCGGCUAUCAAAUGCCGCCCUUGUACGCAUUGUUUUGGGGUAUCGGGCAGACCGUGGUACCGGUGUCCGUCGGAUUCACGCGAAUCUUAGCGACUUUGUAACCUGUCGUUACAAAAACUACACUUGUGAUAUUUACGUGUACAUAUAAAAAUGGCGGUCAAGUUCUUUCUUUGUUUCUUUUUUUUUUUAAAUUAUACAUAUGUACAUACAUAGGUAAGUCUAUUGUAGGCAUCCAAUUGCAUUGACGUUUAUUAGUGAACCGAACUGUAAAUACGGCAAAGAUUGUAAUGUACUGAGAAGAUAAGUAUUGCG